AUGACGGCUAGUAUGGAUUCUGGACCCUCUCAAAUAUCAAAGUCUAUCUGUCCGCCAGUCCGGAUGGAAACACGAGUCAAGAGUCAACCUUUCAGGGAUGGAUCAAUAGACCCCGAUGGGAUGGCCCUUCGGGAUUGUGUCUUGGACCCCAUCCCAUCGCCGCGAAGGUGGUCACCUACAUAUCAACCUCGGCGUCGGACAAGCAAACACUACCCACCCUCCUUAUCCUUUGCACCAGCGCCUCCGGUGUCAUCAUCGGACAUGCAUGAACCGCCUGUACCUCUUCCACGUCGGGCUGCAGAUCGCACGUCGUCUUGCGCUUCGCCGUUUCGGUCUGUUCGCAGAAUGAAGGAGCCUUUUCAACUGAGAUUGCCAGGGUCGCCUGUAUCAGCAUCGUCUCCAGUCUCAGCAUCUUGCGAUGGCACAUUUCCUUUCUCCACACGACCCACGCGGCAGUCCUCAAAGACACCGAAAGUGCAUGCAUUGAGAACGUGGCGAUCAGACCAAAAUCUAACGUCGGCAAGCAUGGCAGCGUUCGGCUUGUUGCCCAGUCCUCCAAUCUCCGAAUCCAGGCCAGCAAGUACUGGCCCGGACGCCUCCUACUUUGAAAGUCAAAAGGAAUCCGCCACCCUUCAGCCUGGAUAUUUGCACCCACCAGGUCCUGCCACUGGAAGGUCCUUCAGUAGCUCAAAGUCAAACAAACCACAGGCACCGAAGCUUCAGUCGCAGCUGUCUCGAAAAGCUUCAGAAGAGACACUUGCAGAUGAGAAGCCUCCUCGUGAACCACCCGGAGCCUCAGUUUGGCAUACUAAGUUACCUGAGAAGCGACGUACGGAUGUAACUAACGUUCACGAGGCGCAUUCAAUUCUGAUUCGACAGUGUGAGGAAACACUCGCGACCUCAAGCCCCAAAGAACAUCCAAGACCCGUGGAUAAGCAGACUGUUGGUUCGCCUUCGUCACACUACAGUGUUCAAAUUUCUAUGUCCUCCGGGUCCCCGAAACCUCAACGACCGCGGACGACGACAGUCUCGAGCGAGGCGAGUUGGGUGCCCACUAAUUUCUCGUAUUGUGAAACAUGGUUGCAGAGUGUUCCACAUAAUCGGCUCGAUCGACAGGAUCAUCCUAGAGAGUCGAACCGCCGAAAGUGUCAAAUCAUUGAACAGGACCCGCCGAUGCCCACAUUCAACUGGUAUCCGGAGACGCGAACCCUUGACGAACCAGUGAGAUUUGCCGUGGCGAGUAAACCGAAGCUUGUGGACAUAUCGCGGCAAUCCUCACCUUCAAUGGGUGCCUCUGUUCCACCUUUUGCGCCCCCAUUCCUUGGUCACCAACCUGCGCGAUCUCCGAUGACCCCAGAUCAGCGACAGGAAGAAAUUUCCGCUUUCAGCCCAGACACGCCUUUGGAUACGCCACUCGAAAGUGCGGAACAAAGGACCGAGUUUGAGCCAGAUGAAUCGGAUUGUCCGAUUGAACAGUUCGCGCACUCUAGAGACGACGAUACAAUCUCUGAUCCUGGGUCGUUGACAUCUGACAGUGUUUCGUCGACCGUUAUUGGCGACAAGCUGGAGUCCACCUUCGAUGAGAAUGAGGCUACACUGCAACCAGAGAUUCGUUCGGGAAGCGUCAGCCCCAAAGCGUCGCCGUACCUGCGAACACACUCGCCGGGUCACGCGUUCCGUCCGUCUGAAGAUGAGAAGCUGGAAAAGCAAACUUCCUGGGACUCUCAGUGGACACUGGAUGACCAUGAAUGGUCUCUGGGUGAACUUGAACACUCGGUGAAAGAUUUUCCUCGCCAUAUGCUUCGACUCGCAUCGCCGGUCAUCGUCUUCCUUCGCAAAAACGACGAGAAGACUCUAUUACGUCAUUUUCGAACAAUCUUUCCGACAGUCGCAGACAAUUUGCUCGAUUGUCUGUGCGCGGCCCUCAUCGCACGCAAUUAUCUUCAUUCCUUGAGCAAGUUGCAGCGCAGGAGACCGUCAUUAUCAUCACGAGCCGACUCGUACUGUGUUGAGGCUGUGCCAGCAAAGGCCUACAGUACCUUGGGCAUUCAGCUCCCAACCGCAUCACCUAGCCGCGCCAAGGAGCGCAGGCCUGGUUCCCGCACGCUGGAUCUUCACCAUCAUGUCGAGAAAAUCAUCGACAGACUUCUCUUUGCUAUCAGCGGCCGAUCCGACGGCACGCUCAAGUCAGCUCUUGAGGUCCUUGCCCAAGUACUUGAGACACAUGUCUAA